AUGACGCUCGCCGAAGAGUUUAGAUCAAGAAAUUUCAGUAAGUCUAUCAGACGGACUUCCUGGCCUGUUCCGCAUAUGCUAACAAGCAGUCCUCCAGGCAUCUACGCACAAUGGUUAGCCACUCCUACUGCUUCCUCCGACUCCAGUCUAUCCAGCCGAGGAGUCCUGCUGGUUGCACGGCCAUUAUACUGGAAGCUAACACACUAUAUAUAUAGGACCGGAAUCCUCUCCAUGCUAAUAUGCUUUGCUGUUGGAAUUUCUAACCUCUUUCGUGUUCCAUCUAUCAUACUUGCAUUCAGCAUAGUAUGCCUAGCUUGUUCCCCAGUCAUCCUGUUUAUCGAGGUACCACUGCUCCUGCGCAUCUGCCCUACUUCGUCCAAGUUUGACGCCUUCAUCCGCCGUUUCGCGUCCAACACAAUGCGUGGAGUUAUCUACCUUGCCAUGAGCGUCAUUCAGUGGCUCAGUCUUGUGUCAAAGGAAGCUACGAGCUUGAUUGCGGCAGCCGUUUUUCUUCUCUUUACCGCCAUCUUCUAUGCUCUAGCUGCUGCUAAGGGCCAGGAAUUCACCGGAAGUAAGACCCUUGGUGGACAAGGCGUUGCGCAAAUGAUGGUCUAA